AUGACUUUCACCACCACCGACGACCAGGAGGAGAUCUACUUCCAGCAGCAUGGCACCACCGGCGACACCACACUAGUCUUUGUAUCGGGAUACUUUGGGGUAACCCACAUUUGGGAACCCUUGAUCGACCGACUGGCAUCCCGGUACCGCUGCGUCGCCUACGACUCCCGAGGAUACGGACGGUCCUCGAAGCCCACUCCCGCCGACGCAUACAGCAUUGCCCGCCACGCAGCCGACCUACAUGCUGUGCUUCAACACCUUGCCCUUGAUCGAGUCGUGCUCGUGACGCACUCGAUGGGCGGCAACAUUGCGGCGGAGUACGCCCUCACCCACCCCGACCACGUCCAAGGCAUCGUCUACACCGCCGUACACUUCGACGGCCAACACCUAGCUACCCACCUGCCGCUGGAGGCGGUGCUUGCGGGUAUCGAUACUCCCAGCCAUUGCGUCGCCCUCUUCACCGGUAUGGGUCUGGACGCCGCAACUGCCCACGAGGCCGCAAAGUGGCCGGCCUACGCCCUUCGACACAACGCAUCGGCCCUGCUAACGUUUGCAAUCGGCGACCGCUACUCGGCACUCGCGGUUCCGGCCUUGGUGGUGCAAGGAGGAGAGGAUCGGGCGUCCCCGGUCGCAUGCUGUGCGCGGCCCGUCGUGCACGCGAUGCCGUCCUGUCGCCUGGAGGUCUUACCGGGGGUAAAUCACUUUCCGCCCACCGAAGCCCCGGCCGAGGUUGAGAGGUUGGUUGACGGGUUCGUUCGUGGGCUGUAG